ACAGAGCCAGAGCGCCAGAGCCAGAGCACAGAAGCAGAGCCCUGGAGCCAGAGCGCCAGAGCCAGAGCGCAGGAGCCAGAGCCCAGGAGCCAGCCGCAGCCAGAGCGCCCUAGCCAGAGCGCCCUAGCCAGAGCGCCAGAGCCAGAGCCAGAGCGCCAGAGCCAGAGCGCCAGAGCCAAAACAGAGCCAGAGCGCCAGAGCCAGAGCCAUAGUGCCAGAGCUAAAGUGCCAGAGCGGCAGAGCCAGAGCAGCAGAGCCAGAGCCAGAGCUGCUGAGUCAGAACAGCAGAGCCAGAGCACUGGAGCCAGAGCAGAGCCAGGGCUCAAACAGAGCCAGAGCGCCAGAUUCAUAACGCCAAGCUGGAGAGUCAGAGCGGCAGAGCCAGAGCGGCAGAGCCAGAGUGGCAGCAGAGAGCCUAAGCUGGAGCUCCCGAACCAGAGCGCCAGAUGCAAAGCGCCAGAGGAAGAGCGCCAGAGCCAGAGCGCCAGAGCCAGAAUGCCAGAGCUCAAACAGAGCCAGAGCGCCAGAGCCAUAGCGCCAGCGCUAGAGCCAGAUUGCCAGAGCCAGAACCCCAGAUCCAGAGCCAGAGCUAGAGUACCAGAGCCUGAGCGCAAACAGAGCCAGAGCGCUGGAGCCAGAGCACAGGAGCCAGAGCAUGGAGGGCAGAGCGCUGGAGCCAGAGCACUGGAGCCAGAGCGCCAGAGCCAGGGCGCCAGAGCCAGAGCACCAGAGCCAGAGAGCCAGAGCCAGAGCCAGAGCACCAGAGCGAAAACAGAGCCAGAGCCAAAACAGAGCCAGAGCCAUAGUGCCAGACCUAAAGUGCCAGAGCAGCGGAGCCAGAGCGGCAGAGCCAGAGCAGCAGAGCCAGAGCCCCAGAGCCAGAGCUGCAGAGCCAGAGCUGCAGACUCUAGCCCUCCCGCUCUGGCCUUGCCGCUCUGGCUCUGCUGCUCUGGCUCUGUGGCUCUGGCUCUGCUGCUAUGGCUCUGCCACUCUGGCUCUGGCACAAUGGCUCUGGUGCUCUGGCUCUGGCGCUGGCUCUCUGGCUCUGGCGUUCUGGAUCUGGCUCUGGCUCUGGCUCUGGCUCUGGCUCUGGUGAUCUGGCUCUGGUGCUCUGGCUCUGCCGCUCUGGCUCUGCCGCUCUGGCUCUGCCGCUCUGGCUCUGCCGCUCUGGCUCUGCCGCUCUGGCUCUGCAGCUCUGCGCCAGAUCGGCCAGAGCAAAGCGCCAGAGCCAUAGCUAGAGCGCAAGAGCCAGAGCCAAAGCCAGAGCGCAAGAGCCAGAGCGCAAGAGCCAAAGCGCAAGAGCCAGAGCGCAAGAGCCAGAGCGCCGGAGCCAGAGUCUGA